ACUGACAUUUGACACCUGACAGUUGACAGAAACCUUGCAAGUGCAACUACCAGUGCGUACACAAAAUUUAUAAUUACUUUUUUGUUUUGUUAAUGAUUUUAGUGGUAAUUUAGAAAGUUAACAGUUAUUGUUCGUCGAGUGCACUACUUUAUAAACUUUCUUUAAUACGAAUUGUAAUGUGGAGUGUCAUUUAAAUAGUAAGACGCCCACUUAUGCGGUUUAUAUCAGUUCUUCAUUAAUUCACAAUGGAGGGCGAUACAGAGUCCCUUCGUAAAGCAGCUCCACACUGGACCCUAGAUGGGGACAAGAGGUUACUGAGCAUGUUGCAGAAGUUACAUGAGAAAAUAAUGACAAAAUGUGAGGAGGCAAAUGUCAAAUUAGAUGCCAUGGUAGAUGCACUUGAUAAUGCAAGUAUAGAUCUCCAAAAUGUAAAUAAUAAAUUCACAGCAUUGAGCAACAAUCAAUUUGUGGAAAGCAGAGUUUAUGACGAUGAUGUUGACGUCACGCCUAAUGUGAACGCAGCAAAGCCUGACCCUCCAAUAGAAGAAGCAGAGAGUGAAGUAACAAAACUAAAGCACAGUUUGCAGAAAUUAGAGCAAAUGCAUGAACCGGUCCACAUACUGGACAGUGACAGUUCAGAUGAAGAGGACAGUGGCAGAAUAAUAUUAAAACCGAAACAGAUUUAUUCACAUCGUCCCUUGCCUUACAUCAUUGGCACACAAGCUUGGAGGAGCAAAUGGCAUGCUGGCCUGAUACAUGAGGAGAGUGACAGUGACAGUUCAGUAUCGAAACAUGACCACAUACCUGCCGAAGAGUAUUCAGAGUCUGAACCUGAAACUGCACCGACAGACAAACUUGAACAUCGAACGAUAUCAUCAUCAUCGAUGGACUCUGAGAUGACAUCACAACCACCAGCAGCCACUCAGGUUGCUAAGCAACCAGCCAAACCAGCAGACAUAGCUGCCGAGUUGGCGAGGCGACUUGGCGGGCACUCUGUACCAUUGCCUGCAAGUGAACCUGUGGAGAUACAAACACCAGAACAGACUUCAACAAAAGUAUAUAGAGUCGAGAAACCUGCACCAACUACUGUUUUCUCCGACGAGCCGCCACCGAUAGACGACUACCAGUCCGAAUAUACGGAUGACGACGAUAUAUUCGCGGAGCUGCACAAGAAACCUAAACCUAAUAUGAAUAGAGAUCAGGAUCGCGUUACCAAGGAUUUGUUUGGAGGUCUUAGUAAUAAUAUCGUCGAUGAUUUGUUUGGUGAAGUUGAAAAUCGCGAUAAUGAUAUAGGAAACGUUAUUAAUUAUGAGGAUGUUACACCAAGUGCUAGCCGAUCAAAACCACCUCUACAUGACAAUAGACUACAUUCAGUCACCGAAAAUCCAGUGCCUCAACCGAAAUUAAUAGAAAGGAAAGGCGAGACAGAAGAGGUCAUUAAAAAACCAGUUGGUGGAAUUUCUAUAUUUGGGACACAUAAAGGCGCUGACAGCAUUGGUGCAGCCAUUUUAAAAAGAAAUCAAAAGAAAUCUUCUGCCUCUGAUGAAGAUACAAGUAAUUCUAUGGAAAAUGGUGAAAUUAUACCAAGCGUCUCGAAAGCUAAAGAAGAACCAGUGAAUAAAAUUAUCGAAGACUUAUUUAGUAAACCCGCAAAGAAAGUAACUAAAAAGGAAGACUCGAUAAGAAAAGAAGAACCUAAAAUAUCAAAACCUCCUAAAGAUAAAAUUGAUCUUUUCAGCGAUAACCUUUUCGAUGAUAUUGAUGAUAUCUUUACAUCUAAUAUUGUUUCCAAACCGAAAGAUAAAAACACCCAAAAAUCUAUAUUUGACGAUGAUGAUCUAUUUGCUGAAAUUUCUUUAAAGAAACCUGAAAAAUGUAACGAUAAAAGUGAUACAAAAAGUAUAUUUGAUGACAAUGAUGAUUUGUUUCCCGAGACUGAUAAAUCUUUAAAUACUAAUAAUAUAAUUCCUAGUGAUCCUAUAAAUGUAAAUAAAGACAUCAUGAUUACCAGAGAAAAUUUAAAUGUUAAAAUAAAAAGCGAUGAUAAGGGUAAAAAAACCGUGAGUAAAGGAAUAUUCGGAGACGAUAGUGAAGAUGAUUUAUUUUUAGAUGUUAAAGUAGGCGCUGAAAUCAAUAAACCUCAAAAAAUAAUUAAUGAAAGUGUUCAGGAUGCAAAUAUUGUAACUGAAAAUAAUGAAGACAUAUCUCCAAGUAUAGAAACAGCUGACAUUGAAGGAAGUAAAUCGGUAAAUAAAAGUAAUUUAAAGCCAAUUAGUACAAAAUCUCAGUUCAAAAGUCCUUCUUUAUUUGAUGACGAUGAGUACGAUGACUUAUUUAGUAAAGGAACAAAACCAAGUACUAGUGCACAAAGUAACUUAAAUAAUGUUGAACAAGAAAAUAAAGUCAUUAGUGAAGAAGAAAUUUCAAGACCAACGAGUCAAAUUUCAAACCAUAAUAAUAGGACAUCGCGUGAUAAUAAUGGUAAAACAGAUUUAGCACUCGAAUCACACAGUAGUUACAUUCCAGUUGAAAUGGCGAAAUCUGAUGUAUCACUACCCGAAAAAGGUGAAGCGUUUGCCGAAAAAGAUAUAGAGAAUGACAUUGCAAACCAAAAACUGUGUACUGAAACUUCAAAUGUGGCAGAUGUUGAUAACCUUUCUAAGAAAUCUGUUCAUUUAAAAAAAUCUAAAGGUUUAUCAGAAAAUGUACACAUUACUUUAUCUUCAGAAGUAUUACCAGAACAUAAAGGUUUAUCUGAAAAUGUACAUAAUACUCCACCUCCAGAAACAUUACCAAAACAUAAAGGUUUAUCUGAAGACUUACAUAUUACUCCACCUCCAAACAUAUUACCAGAACACAAAGGUUUAUCUGAAAAUUUACAUAUUACUCCACCUCCAGAAAUAUUACCAGAACAGGAAAUAUUGUCUAGUGAACCUGGCACAUUCAGUGACAUAUUCGUCGAUAUGCCUCCUGCGUUUGAAAAACCUUUAGAAUCGAAGAAAAGUAAAAACAUAAAUGCUUUAUUCGAUGAUGAUUCGGAUGAUGAAGCGCUCUUUUUCAAGAAGAAUGAAGGUAUUAGCGAUGAAAAGCCAGAUUCGAAUUUCUUUAACGACAGGUUUAGAAUAUUUCACGAUGAGCCUCCUGAGAUCGAUGUAAAUUUUUCCCAAAAACCAAUAAACAGUAUCCCAAAACCACUAAGUGAAGUACAUGAUGACCAAUUAUUUGGAAAUUUACCUAAACUACAGGAAAACAUCAUAGAAAUUAAAAAACAUAAUAUACCAGAAGAAGAGCAAUUUGUUCAAAGUGUCGAAAAAAACAUGGUGAAAAACGCUGUAGACGUUACUAAACUAACUGAAGAGUCUGAGGAUAGUAAUAAAACACAAAAAAUAAAUGUUUCCCAACUUUUAGAAAGUUUAGAGAAAAGUUCUAAAACUGAUUUACAAGAUGAAAUAAAUAAUGCACAUAAAAUUAAUGAUUCUUUUGUAAAUAGAGAUCAAAAAGUAGAAACUGAACCAAAAAAAUCUGUUGGAAAAUUAAAACACAUGAAUUUAAAUAUAGACGUGAAUACAUUGCUUCCAGGAGCUUCUAUAAAGAAAUCAAAACCUAACGAAGAAACUGACGGUCAGACAAUAUCAACGAAAAGUAAUGAAGAACUAAAUACACAUUAUCCUGAAAAGACUGAAACAAAAAUGGUUAAAUCCAUCAGUUUUGAUGGAGAUCCAGAGUCUGAAGUUUUAGAUAAUAAAUUAUCUAAACAAAGAGCAAAAAUUCAAGUUAAAAGACGUCCAUCAACUAGAAGGGCUCGCUUAGAAGCAGUUAGGAAAUCACGUAUAGAUCUUGCAUCAGAUUCCACUGACAAUUCCAGUUCUUUCGAUGAACCUCCAUAUAAAGAAAUCUUUGAUAAUGAAGGAUUUGAAGACAAUGGUCGAGAGUCAACUAUCACGCAAGAAUGUAUCACGAGCAGUAAUAUUGUAAAUAAAAGUAUAUCUGUAGAUGAAAAAGAUUCUACAAAUAAUUCUUCGUCACCAAAAACGCUUCUAAAAGCAACAGAUGAUGUAACUAAUACAAAAACUAUACAGCCAGAUGUUAAAUCAAAAGUAGUUUACAUCUUAAACGAUGAAGACAUAUUUAAUGAUAUAAGUACAAAAGAAGAACACAUCACUCCAAGCAACAAUGUAUCACAGAGUAAAAAUGUAUUAGAGAACGUUGAUGACGAUGACGAAUUGUUAUUUAAAACUCCUAACAUAUCGACCUUAGGUAAAACUUAUGAAAAAACUGUUUCUAGUUCUGAUGAUCUAAAAAGCGAGCUCAAAACAAAUGAAAGUAAAGAAAGCGGCUUAAAAGUUAGCAGAGUAAACGAUAAAUUGCUCAAAACUAAAAAAUCGCUUUUUGACGAUCUAAGCGACGAUGAAAAUGAAUUAUUUGGCAGCAAAAAAUCUACGAUACAAAAAACUAAUACAUUAGAAUCUGAAAGCGAGAGUGACUUAUUUGCUAAAAAUAAAAAAGAAGGCAAACCAUCUGUUCAAAUUAAGAAAGAGAUAACUAAAGGUUCUUUAUUUGGUGAUGAGAGUGAUGAUGACGGUGAUUUGUUUGGAGUGAAAGCCGGAAAAUCAUCAGGGAUUAUAAGGCAAAAUAUAUCAAAACCUAAAGAAGUAACUACUAAAACCGCAAAGCCAGUGUUUGAAGACCCAUUAUCUAUGUUUGGCGAUGAUAGCUGAAAAUUGUUUGCAGUUAUGAGAUUAUAUAACAAAUAACAUAUAAACCUAUUUUGAACACGUAAUUUAUACAUUAAUUGGAAAUUAUAUUGUUAAUUAUUUUUUUAAGAAUAACAAAGGAAUUUUAUGAGAUUUUUACAGUAUAAAGAGUAUUUAUUAAUAAGUGCUGAUAUUAUUUUUAUUUGUUUUGCUUCUGAAUUGAUACAUAUUUAUAGUAUUAAAAUUCAUAUUUUGUUUCAUAUACAAUAUUUAUUGAUGUACAUGUAUAAAAACAAUAAUGCUAUAAAAUAUUUUUGUAAUAUAUUAAAAAGUAUUUUAAAAAUUUUACAAAAGAUGUAUUUGUAAAAAAACUUACAUGUAUGAUGAAAUUAAAUUAAUUAGUCAUUUAUGUCAAUAAAAAAUCAUUCCAUAAGUGAUAAAAACAUUGUAUGUGUGAUAGCAAAGAUUUUAUACUAUUGGAUAUGUCACUGGCACGCAAAACUGAAAUGGACGAAAGUAGUUGUCUUAAUUUCAUUUAGUCGCAUAGUAAACAACGAAAGUUAUUUAAACAAAUAAUACUUAAAUAUUGUCUACAAUGUCGAAUUGUGUAUUCAAGAAGUGUAAUAACUAUACAUAAAUAUGUAAUUAUAAAAUAAUGCUUAUUUUGUCUUUACAAUUCAGAUCACAUUUUGUGGUGAUUUUUUAAAGACGUAACAUAUCUAAUAGUAGAAAAUCUUUGUGCGAUAGAGUGUAAAUAUUUUGUAGAGCACAUACUCAUAGAGCACAUUAUAAUAAUAUCUGAUAAUGGAACAAAUAUUGUAGAUAGAUACAGUAAAAAUUGUAUCAAUAUUUAUAAUUUACAAUGUAUUAAUAGGUAUAUUUAACAUCUGUGUAUAAAUCAAUUGCAUUUUUUUUGCAUUAAAUAUUUAUUAUGUUUAUGGUAACGGAUGAUUAAAAUUGUUUACAGAUUAUUUAUAUGAUUUUAUACCUAUAUUUAAAUUAUUUUCAUCAGCCACUUUUUCACAUUAACGAAAUAAUGUGCUUGUGUAUUGUUUGUAAAUUACAUGAACAUUGUUUGCAUUUUAUUUUACAGUGCAUAAUGUGCCAAUGCUUUGUUUUCCACCUGGCCAUUAUAUACACAUAAUAUUCAUUUACACAUUUUCCACUUGGCAGGCAGGUGGAAAAUGUGUAAAUGAAUAUUUCAGGCAUCGAUCUCCUAUUAAAAAAUGGAUGCACAAUUAGCGAACAAAAAACAUCCCCACUCAAUGAGUGCCAAACACAACUUCUUGGCACUCAAUUAAUUCAAAUAAAGUAGUCGCAUUUGCGAUUUUAUUGAAUAUUGGACUGUAUUUAAAGGCCUUUGGGUAUAAUUUUCUUUACCAAUAAUUCUAAAACUGUCAAAGCAAAAUUGACCAGUUUUUAAGUGUAAUUUUCUACAUGAUUGUGCGUCCUUUUAUUAUAAGAGGUCAAUGGUUUCAGGUCUUUUUGUCACUUCUUUUUAUGGUAGAGGUGGUAGCAUUAGACAAAAUCACAACAAUUAAAUAUGCAAAUUAUAUUAAAAACCUGCAUUGAUAUUGAGCUCGGCUGGCGUUUCCUUGUCAUAGAUGUACGAUCCUUCUGAAACAGUGGAGUUUAUCUUGAUGAUAAGAGGCAAUUUUUAUAGCCUCAAUAGCCCAACGGUUAGAGCGGUCGGACUCAUCACCGAGGGGUGGUGGUUCGAUCCUCGCCCUGUUGGUCUAUUGUCCGACUAGUUGGAGGGGAAUGGGGAUUUAGGUCAUAUUUUAAAAGAUAUGACAAAUAUUAGUAUAUGACAAAUAUUAAAAAAUAAAAAAAAACAGACUGCUUAAUUUGUAUUCCAAGCUCUUUGCUUCAGCAGGGGUCACGAAAAACAAAAGACCCCGUGGCUUCAUUAACAGAUACUGAGCUUUCUUUUGUUUAUUUUUAGUUAAUACAAUAGGUGCUUUUAGAAAAUUGUUGACGCUGUUACUAAGUGCCUAAAUAUUGUGUUAAGUUUGUAUGGAUUUAAUAAACUUAACUGUUAUA